AUGAUCGAGCAGGUGCUAGCUCAGAAACAAUCCAGAGAAGAAAGGCUACAAGUUUUAGCGAUGAAAAGGUCAAUGGACUCACCUUUCGUCGAAGAAAUAAGGCAGUUCCGCCCACCAGCAAACUUUGUGCAGCCCCAGUUCAAGGAAUUAUUCGACGGAAAAAGCGACGAUCCAGUAGAACAUUUGGAAUCAAAUUCAAUUUCGAACUUUGGGAUGCUUUCAGACGCGUUUUUCGAGCAGGAUAAGAUCAAUCUGGGAAGCAAAAAAGCUUUCAACCAACGGUUUCGCCAAGAGGUUGGAGAAGUCGGCGUGGUUGAUGCUGGGAUCAUCAUUGAAGCGUACAAGAAUGCCUUUCCUUAUGAUGAGUUCAGGAUAUUCAAUUCCUUAAUCGUGCAACCGGUGGGAAACCUCAAAGAACUAUAUGCAAGGGAAGAUAGCUACGCAAGGGCAGAAAAAGAGAAAAGAGAAAAACUAUCACAGACGAAAGGGGCAGCAGAAAUGCCAUCCAAAGUGAGAUGCCACCCAGAGGAAGACUCCAAGAAGAAGAAUCGUGAAAGCUCGAAAAUCCGAAAUGAAGAAACAAGCGAGUCUAAAAUAGGGCAAAGGAAAGAUGGAGUGAAGUUUCCAAGCCUUAACAUUGGGCUAGGAGAACUCCACAAGAAGAUCAGAGAUUCGCUCCCUAUCCCAAUACCGCUAUUCGAAGAUACUAAAGGCAAAAGAGAUAAAAGCAAAUUUUGUGCUUAUCAUAACGACCAUGGGCAUACCACAGACACUUGCCGAACGCUAGCGUCUGAGGUCCAGAAACUGGUCGACGAAGGAAAACUCCAACAGUACGUGAAGAAAGACCCAUCACGUAUCAAUGCACUAAAUUUGCAAGAAAUAUUCGUGAGCCAUGCAAAAAUCGAUUCUGCUUCAAGAAAAGCUCAUGAAAAUGCGACGCGCCUGAAGAUACGGCAAAUACAGGAUUGGAGAAUUUUGAACAAGGUGGAUUAUGUCAAUCUGAUAGGCACCGAAACUCUGGAAGAAGGGAAGACAGAGAUAUCAUUUAUAAAUGCCGAUUUUGACGGAGUUUAUCGUCCACAUAAUGAUACGAUUGUUAUUCUAACCCUCAUCGGAAUGUACAAGGUACGACGUGUCUUGAUUGAUACUGGGAGCUCGAUAAGCGUCAUCUUUUCUGGAGCAUACUCCUCAAUGAAUCUCAACGAAGGACAGGUUGAAGCAGACGACAAUCCGAUUGUCGGGUUCAGUGGCGAAACGGUGAGUGCAGUUGGGAGAGUCAAUUUACCUACCACUGUAGGAGGAAAUACAGUCAUGCAAUAUUUCUCACUACUUGAUUGUCGUGCACCUUACAAUGCUAUACUCGGUCUUGAUUGGAUCAAUUCCAUGGAGGUAAUAACUUCUACAGUCCAUCAGUGUCUAAAAUUUGUCACACCAACAGGGGUAGUGAAAGUCAGAAGCGAUCAAGUGGAAUCACACAAAUGUCAUGAAAGCGCAAUGGAGGAAUACCGAAAGUCAGAAGUGAAGGCCGUGAGAUACUCCAAGUUGAGAAGAAGUUAUAUCAACCACAGUAUUUCCCUCUCACCUAUUAUGAGAAAGGGAAAUAAGGGCCACCGUCGAUCGAAAGGUUGA